GGCGGCCGUAGUGACGAAGCUGCGGCGACGAAUGCGGCGGGAGGCGGCGGCCGCGACCCGCGGUGCCCGGCGGCAGCGAGCGGCGGCGGGAGGCAGCGGCCGCCUCGGCCUGCGGCGUGUGGCGCCUCGCGCCUCCUGCAGCGGCUCUGGAGCGGACAUCGGCGUCGUUUUCUUUGAAAUCCUCCCCGCUUCGGCCGGCGAGGUGGCAAUCUGGCGCGGGGGUGGCUGGGCUCACCUUCCGAGGCCGGGUUAGGUGCUUGUGAGAGGAAUAACCGAAGGAAAUGGCUCUGUCUGCAAGUAUUUCUGCACCUUACAGCCUCGGGUUUUGUUUAACAGCUGUGUUUACAGAUAUCCAGACAGACAAUCUCUAAAUUAGUUUUAGGGUAGAAGCCACCAUGCUUCUAUCUCAUCAGGGAUUGCUGUUCAAUUUGAGGCCCAAUCUUGCUUUUUUAAAAUGGAGUUCAGGUGCUUUUCUUCAGCUAGUGAAGAGAGGGGGAGAGACGAAACAUAUUAACAGAAGGAAAACUAGACUAAUGGACUUCUGCCUAAGAGCAAGGGAAAUAUUUCAUAUGUUGCCAUGUCUGAAGAUGCUUUAUUGGAAGAGGACAUCUGGGAGUACAAAUCCAUUAGGAAACAGAAGUUGGUGCAUCAGAAUAGUUCAGAGUGCACCUCCACACCUGUGCAGAAAAUAAGUAAUGACAAGUGCAGACCAAAAAGAAAGGGAAAUGGAAAUAAAAAAAAAUCAGUGGAAAAACCUGAUACUAUUAAGAAAAGCAAGCAGAGAUCAAGAGCAGAUCAGGAUCUAGAUCAAAGUAAAGAUGAUACUAUUGUGCAAUCCCAGGAAAGUGUGAGUAGUCUGACAGAGCAAAGCUCAUCAAAUGCAAAACCAGUUAAUGAUGGAUACUGUCCAAGCUGUCAGAUGCCUUUCUCUUUACUAUUAGUCCAGACACCUCGGUGGCAUGUUGCUGAAUGUUUGGAUACUCCAGGAUCCGUGGAAAAAGAGUGUCCUGAUGGUUUACUAUGCACUUCCACCAUUCCAUCCCACUACAAGCGCUAUACCCAUUUUCUACUUGCAGCAAGCAGGGCAGGAGAUUAUCUUGUAAACUCUUCAAUAUACACUUCAGAGAGGAAGAUCACAUGUUCCACUGCUGCAGAGUCCAGCUGUUUCCCAACUCUUGUGGAGGCAAUCUCACAGAAUGAGAAGCCAUCCAGUAAUGUCCCAAAUGAUGAGCAUACAUUGAGGGUACAGAGUUCAACACAAAUGAAAUCUCUAAAUACAACCAGUGAAAGUACUUCUUCUUCUGCAAGUGUUCAAAAGCCUCAACAGACACUUCAGUUCACACAGACCACAGAUGACAAUUGCAAAUUUGAAUUUUAUGACUUUGCAUCCUCUCAAGAAAGUGAAAUAGGAGACGAUCUGGAUAGUCAGAAAGAUACAAAUCAGCUAAGUCUGCUACAGUCAAAAGCUGAUUUCAGUGACUGUGAAAUUUCUUAUUCUCCACUAAGUACUUAUGAGGAAAGUGAAGAGGAAAUUGAGGAAGAGGAGAAGAAAGUAAAAAUGUCUAAAAAGAAAUUAUUUGAAGUCCACAACUCUGAAAAUGAAGAAUCUAAUUCUGUGUUGUUUAAAAAACUCGAUGGGCUUCUCUUACAGCAGGCACAUGAGUAUGAGUCUAUUAAAAUGGGAAGUUUCACAACAGAAAACGAACACUGUGAGAAAGUAAAUAUGUUGAGCUAUGUAGAUUAUAGUGUAAAAACUGUUUCUGAGGGUCACAUGAAUAUCAAGUUCUCUAAUUCAGCAUGUGUAGAUAAUCAGCAUCAGCAAGAGGUGCUAACCAUAGAAUCUUCUUUUCCUCAUAAUUACAAUAUAAUUAAGGAGGAGGUUGAACAGUCAGAAUUGAUUUCGUCUGUUGCUAAUGCAGGUAAUAAAGACUCUAAAGACAUUCGUGCUUGUGCUUUGGAUUCUGCGUACGUGGCUCUUACUGACAUGCCAUUGCUGCAAGUCAGAGAAGGUGCUAAGUCUCUCCUGUCACAGGAAAGUAAUGUUUUGAAGGAUCCAAGUAACCUUUUAACUAGUACAGAUAAAAUGACUGCUAACACAACUGAAAAAGCAGUAUGCCAGGAGAGUUUGCAGUCAGUAAUGGGGAAAGAAGGAAAUCUUCCUAACACAGCUGUUAUAUGCUGUCCGAGCCCAAUCUCUAAAACAGUGCAGUUUGUUUCUUUAGCAAGUAUGAAUGCCAAAUCCAGUUCUGCCAAGGAUCUCAAGCAAAUGGACAUUGGUGUUUUCUUUGGGUUAAAACCCAAAGCAAAAGAGGAAAGCAAAGGAGAGACUCCUUCAAGUGAAGGAAUGCAGAUAUCAAGUCCAAUUACUCCCACUGGAAAGAGGCCCAGACAGUGCAAAAGGAAAGCUGAAGGAUCUGUGGAGGAUGUAGAAGCAGUUAAAGAAAGUUCAAAUAAAAAUGGAGUCUUUGCAGAUACAAGUUCUGGUGGCCAACGAAGGUGGAGAAAAAAAUUCAGAGAAUCAUCUACUACAGGGGAAGGAACAAGAAAAAAACAGUGUCCUUUCUACAAGAAAAUACCAGGAACUGGUUUUACGGUUGAUGCCUUCCAGUAUGGAGAAAUUGAAGGCUGUACAGCCUAUUUCCUCACUCAUUUUCAUUCUGAUCACUAUUGUGGACUAACAAAAAACUUCAUGUUUCCAAUCUACUGUAAUAAGAUAACUGGCAAUCUGGUGAAGAGCAAACUCCGAGUCAAAGAGCAGUACAUCCACGUAUUGCCGAUGGACACAGAAUGUACAGUAAAUGGGAUCAAAGUGUUGUUGCUUGAUGCUAAUCAUUGUCCAGGUGCAACAAUGAUCCUUUUUUAUCUACCUACUGGAAAUGUUAUUCUGCACACAGGAGACUUUAGGGCAGAUCCUUCUAUGGAGCGCUAUCCUCCUUUGAUUGGUCAAAAAGUCCAUACCCUUUACCUUGAUACCACAUACUGUAGUCCUGAAUACACUUUUCCUUCUCAACAAGAUGUUGUCCAGUUUGCUGUCAAUACUGCUUUUGAGACAGUAACUUUAAACCCACGUACUCUAGUUGUCUGUGGCACCUAUUCCAUUGGAAAAGAAAAAGUUUUUUUAGCAAUUGCUGAAGUUUUGGGCUCAAAAGCAAGUAUGUCCCGUGAUAAGUACAAAACACUGCAGUGCUUGGAGUCAGCAGCUGUUAAUUCCCUCAUCAGUAUGGAUUGGCAUGAUAGUUUGCUUCAUGUUCUUCCUAUGAUGCAAAUUAAUUUUAAGGGCUUACAAGAUCACUUGAAUAAGUUUUCUGAGAAUUUUGAUCAAGUUCUGGCUUUCAAACCUACUGGGUGGACCUACUCGGAUUCAUGCCUUUCGCUGGUGGAUAUCAAACCUCAGACAAGAGGAAGGAUCACCAUAUAUGGUAUAAGUUUGGGAUUCCUUACAGUGAACACAGCAGUUACCUAGAAAUGAAGCGUUUUGUUCAGUGGUUGAAGCCACAGAAAAUCAUCCCCACUGUAAAUGCUGGUGACUGGAGAGCUAGAAGCUUGAUGGAGAAGCGGUUUAGAGACUGGAUGAUUGAGGGCAAUGGGCAUAAAUAAAAAUAAAGAAGGAUGCAUACUUCAAAGGAGACAGGGAACUGAAGUUCCUGUGUUUAACUCCUCCUUUUUCUGUGAGCUCCAUUUGAGUAAGACUAAGCUGCUGCUCUCGUGAAAAAGCAGUAUUUAGAAAAAAUGGGCAUCUUGCACUUCUAGUGAACCUAUUAAUUUAGUCUUCAAUAACUUAUAACUUGUCUGCAAAUGCAUAUUUCAGCUGAUUUUUAUCUUACUGCUUUUUCUUCCAUGUUCUUUAUUUUCCCAAGAUCAUGGAGAUGCGCAUAUGUAAAAUGCUGGGGGAUAGAAUGCUUCCAGGUUAACGAGUUCUGAAAAGAUACUAAGCUUAUGUGGCAUGAUGUCAAUACAGGCUUCAGAGAAGCUCAUUUCAUUAGGCAGAAUUGGCUAUUGUGACAAUGAUAAUUUAAAGCUUGUAAAAAAAAAAAAAAAAAAAAAAAAAAUUACCUUAUGACAGGAUUGGUUUGGGCUGUUGCAGCAACUUGAAGAAUAAUUUUUUUUAAAAAAAGAUGUUGCUACUUACAUUCCACUCAAGAUUUUAUAAAUUUUUUUUAAUAAAGAAUUUACAUGA